AUGUUUCGAUCUUCCCUGCGGGGUUUGCGCUGGGCCCUUCCGACCGCCCCCCUGCGGGCGCCCGGCAAAGAAGUUUUCGUGCGCACGAUGCCGCACCUCACGAUCGGCACCGUCGGCCACGUCGACCACGGCAAAACGACGCUGACCUCCUCCAUCACGACGGCCCUGGCCAAGCUGGGGCGGGCCACCGCGAUGGACUACUUCGCGAUCGACAAAUCCCCCGAGGAGAAGCUGCGGAAGAUCACGAUUAACGCCACGCACGUCGCCUACGAGUCGAAAAAGCGGCAUUACGGCCACAUCGACUGCCCGGGACAUAUGGAUUUCGUCAAGAACAUGAUCACCGGGGCCGCCCAGAUGGACGGCGGGAUCAUCGUCGUGGCCGCCACGGACGGGGUGAUGCCGCAAACCCGCGAGCACCUGCUGAUUUGCUCGCAGAUCGGCCUCCCCGCGCUCGUGGGGUUUAUUAACAAGGUCGACGUCGUGGAUAGCGAGACCUGCGACCUCGUCGAGCUCGAGCUCCGCGAGCAGCUCGCCAAGUACCACUUCCCCGAGGACGCCACCCCGAUCGUCCGGGGCUCCGCCCUCAAGGCCCUCGAGGGCGACCCCGACGCCGAGGCCCGCAUUCUCGAGUUGGUGGACCGCUGCGAUGAGUGGAUCCCGGACCCCCCGCGCGACGUCGAGAAGCCCUUUUUGAUGGCCAUCGAGCACGUCUACGAGGUCGGGAAGGACAAGAAGGCGAUCAUCGUGACCGGCCGGGUCGAUCAGGGGGUCCUCAAGUUCAACGCCGAGGCCGAACUCGCCGGGCUACAGAUGCGCAAGGCCACCGUGAAGGUCACCGGGAUCGAAAUGUACCACCAAACCCUCCCCGAGUGCCUUCCCGGGGAUUCCGUCGGGGUCGGCCUCGUCGGGACCGGGGAGACCACCACCCUGUCCAAGGCCACCGUCGAGCGCGGGAUGGUCCUGGCCGCCUCCGGGAGCACCAAACUCUUCAACAAGUUGAAGGCCCAGGUCUACGUCCUGACGAAGGAGGAGGGCGGCCGGCAUACGGGGUUUAGCCCGCACUACCGCCCCCAGAUCUUCUUCCACUGCGCCGAUAUCACGGCGGACCUCAGCUUCCCCGAGACCGAGGCGAAGCGCGAGGAGCUCGUCAAAGCGCACGGCAAAAGCGCGGAGGGCCUCAAAAAGGUCGAGGCCGAGCUCAAGGACUUCGAGAGCAAGAUGGUCUGCAUGCCGGGCGAUAACCGGGAGAUGAUCCUGACCUUGGCCUACCCAAUGCCGAUCGAGAAGGGGCUGAAGUUCACGAUUCGCGAGGGCAAAAUCACCGUCGGCUGGGGCGCGGUCACGGAGACGAUCGCCCUGGACAAGAAGGUCAGCAUCGAGGGAAAGCGCCAGGUUCAUAAGCCCGUCGGAAAGCCGUCCAAGAAGAAAUAA